AUCGCACAUUUUAUUAAUUGUACUUAAUAAUAAGGUUUAAUUAUUAAUUAGUCUUUUUUUUUUGAGGAGAUAAUUAUUAAUUAGUCUCUAAAACUCUUUUCAAAAAGUUUUCUACAAAAAUGUAAAAUUCCAAGGUAAACAAUUGAAAAAAAAAAAUAUUUUAUUUUGUAAAAAAAUAAAAAAAUAAGAGAGGUUGGUUUACUCAAACCCAUCAAACCCACUACUCUCCAGGCCUCAGCCCCAAACUCAAAAACCCAAAUAAAGCAAGGUUUGACCCAAAAAGUCCAAAACUUUGUUAGCUUACUUUGAAACGACGUCGUAUCGACCUUGUUGCUCUGUCUUCGCCAUUCUUUCUUUCUUUUGUUUCCUUGGUUAUUACAGCUGAGCUUCAACGGAAAUCGGCGGCGCUAAACCGAUGCAGAAAUCAUUGAGCUGAGCUAACAAUGGAGUCUCAACCAUUUUAGAAGAAAUUCAGAGAAACUUUGAAGAAAAGAUUUGAUUUUUGUUUAGAAAGAAGAAAAAAAUGUCGAGGUUUCGAUCACUUAUACAAGCUUCUUUGAAUGCUACCAAGAAAGCUCUCACAUGGAAUGUUGAUGAUUUGAUGCCCCCUUGUGAAAAGUAUAUUUUCAGUUUCAAUUGUAAAGAAGAGAUCAAGAAAUGGCAUCUUUACUCAGAUUCAGAAUAUGGAGGUUUGUCUUCAGCGUCAUUGGAAGUCACUGAUGAAGGAGAUGGUUUUAAAGGAUUAUUCUCUGGUACACUCUCGUUGGAUGUGAUGGAGGGAUCUAAAUGGAACAUAAGUAGAAGUGGCUUUUGUGGGAUGCGUUCCAAGAAGUUUAAUGGUUUCAUUGAUUUGGAUUCAUAUGACACAAUAGCCUUAAAACUCAAAGGAGAUGGACGGUGCUACAUAUCUACGAUCUAUACAGAAAAUUGGGUAAAUUCCCCUGGACAGCAGGAAGACAAUUCUUGGCAGGCUUUUGUUUACGUUCCUGCUGGCAAUUGGUACAUUGCUAAGAUUCCUCUAGCUCGAUAUCUACCAACCUGGAGGGGCAAUGUUAUUGACGCAAGUAUGGAAAUGAAUCCAGCUCGUGUUCUCGGCAUGUCACUAUCAGUAAAUGCUGAAGGUGGUGUACCCGGUGCUAGGUCUGGGCCAGGUGACUUCAGAGUGGAAAUUGAUUGGAUUAAAGCGGUUAGGAAUGAGUAAGUUGUUAGAAGAUCGCAAAAAUUUAAUAAAGGCAGUCGUGUAUGAAACUUGGUAUCCAAUUUUGUGUACGUUUCUAAUCCACAUACAAAUGCAAGCCUGUACAUGGAUUUUGUGUACGUUUCUUCUCCACAUACAAAAGCAAGCCUGUACAUGGUUUUGGUGUACGCAAAGAAGCUUAUUUCCAGUGCAACAACAAUCCUCUUUCUUUGUUUGAAAAUUGAGUGAGAUAAAUAACAUAGCAGUUACAGAUUUACAGGAUGUAGUCAGAAAUCUGUGACCAAAUGUCUGCAAGUGAAUGAUUUAG